AUGACUGAAGAUAUAGAAGAACCUGCCAAUUUUGAUUUAAACAACAAACUAACCGCUCAUAAGAAGCAGAAAAUUCAGGAAUCAGAACAGGAACCAGAAAAGAAGUACAAAAAUGCGAAAAAAAAAUUAAAGAAUGAGUGGGAAAAAACAAGGCAACUACUGACAGGGGAAUAUAAACCAUAUAUUUUAAGACAACAGAGGGAAUACCAAAAUCUAUGGUCAAAAAAUAAUGAAAAGGACUUCACUCGCGAAAUUGAAUAUACCAAUGACGAAUCUUUGGGAGUCAAGAAUGAAAUUAUUCACAUUGAACCCAACAAUGACGAAACUUUCGAAAUUAAGGAAGAAACUAUUAAAGAUCAAGAUAAUGUAAAAUUUUGCACCGUAUAUGUAAAAGAAACUGAUAAUAUUGCUAUUAAUGAACUGCCGAACCGUAGGAAGCGUAAAAUUCAGGACUCAAAAGAGGAACCGGAAAAGAAAUACAAAUGCGAAAAGUGUGCUCGAACCUAUAAGCAAAACAGAAAUUUGAUUGGUCAUCAAAAAUUCGAAUGCGACGUCAUUCCAAAGUUUAAAUGUAAAUUUUGCGACAAACGAUUUAAACAGAAAGGUCAGAUGAAUACCCAUGUAAAACGCGUGCAUCACAAGACAAGCUCAAAGACUUCUGCAUUGACGCAUAAGUGUGACAAAUGUUCUCGAAGUUACGCUUGGUUUCACGAUUUAACUCGACAUAAACGUUUUAAACAUGGAGGAGUUAUACCACAAUUUUUGUUUUGUGAAAUUUGCGGAUAUAAAACGAAUCGGAAAAGCACGUUGACAACACACAUGUCUUCACGCCAUUUGAAAUAAUGAUGACUUUAAACAUUACACUACACGCUUGUAUACCUUAAGUUACUUUUUUAAAUCACAAAAUAAUGCUCGAUUUGCAAGGAAGAGUAAAUUUACGUUGCUUCGAUAUCAACAUAAAUAACUUUUCUUAAAUGUAGAAUUUGUUAUUAUGCAUCGAAGUAUCCAAAUGGUAAGAUUCCAUCCACUAGUUAGUCCCUUGUUAUUUGGUUUCUUCUAGAUGGAACCUUGUCAUUUGGAAACGUCAACAUAGUAUUUAUUCGGUAAAAAAUUAUUACAAGAAAGUAUGGAUAUUUUUGAAUUUUUUUCUGUACUAGUAAGUAUUACUGCUACAUCACGAAAUAAAGAAAGUAGUAGCUUCAGUCAUUUAUAAAGAAUAUUAUAAAAUGAUAUUGUUUCUAUAAUUUAUGCUAG